AUGGCAUCAGCGACUAGAUUAUUAUUGGAGCUGUUCAUCUUCGUGCUGAUCAUCGCCGCCGCGGCAACCACCGUGAAGGCCGACGAUGCGGCCUCCGUGCAAUGCCGCGAUUGGGACGUCGUUGGUGGUGACCAGCUGGCACUGGCCGGGAAGAUGAAGAAAUCCCUCAUUCGAGAUUUGUUUGCGAAAGUGCCAAAAACACGAGAGGAGUACUACUGCAACGAGCUGACGCUGGACGGGCUGAAGAUGUACGGGUACGGGGAGUGCCUCGGUCGGGACCGGCGGGGAGACGCCGGCCGGACGGCAUGCUUCGAGUGCUUGGCUCUGGCGGGUCGUUUACUGAUCGACAGUUGUGGACAAACCGGCGCCGGCUACGCCUUCGAUCUUUACGGGGUGUGUUCUUUUAAGGUUGGAUACUCCUUGGAUGUUUGUAGCUAG